AUGCUUAAAAGAGUGGAUCCUUUGAAUCCUGUCUUGCAGGCAUAUGUAAAAACUUUUGAUUCUCCUAUUCCUAUGGGAAUUUUAUUACCAUGCGAAGCAAAGAAAUCUAAGAAGUCAAAAAAAGAUGAGCCUACUUCUCCUGCGAAGAAAGCGAAGGGUUCAACCUCAUCCAAAUCCACGACGCAGAAGCAAGAAAAUGUUGCUGUGACAAUCGAAGCAACAACAGUGAUUAUGCCAGUUGUGGAAGAGUCACAAGAAGAUGUGGUGAUUCCUUCGAAAACAGGGAUGUUUCGAAGAAUCAAGAUGAAAUCCAAGCACAAGCGCAAAUCUUCAUCUAAGAAACUGCUUUGA